UCUUAAUCUCACGCCGGGUAUAUAGAUAAUAAAAGAACCUCCUCUCCCUCCUAUAAAUUGGAGCGAGACAUUUAUUUAAUGGCGUAGUCGUUGCAGGAUACCCGCUGUGAGAGUGUUGUCCUUCCAGAUAUAGUUUGAAACUUUUUUUUCUGUGUGCACCUCCUGGAGUUGCAAGGAGCGAUAGUUUUGAAAAUUUAGACGUGAGUCCUUCUCCAGGAAGACCGCUCCAUAUUCUGAAACUUUACUUUUUAUGUGUGUACCUCUCGGGGACGUAUUUUGACUAUUUGCAUUUUGAUUAAUACGUGUGUGCCUCCUCGGGAAGACCUCUCUGGUUAUUUGGUAACUGAAGUGCGAAAUUUGGUGUGUCUGCGUGCUUGCGCCUCUUGGGGAAGUGAGGAAGUGAUAUUUUGUGACUAAAACGUGUGUGCCUCUCCAAGAAGUUUUAUUUACUACAUUGAAACCUAGAAAGUGUUGCUUUAGCGUCACAUUUUUUGUGCUCCCCCAAAGAAAGGGAGGAGUGAUUGGAGCAUUUGCAUUUGUUUAGGUGUGGUGUAUCUCCCUGGGAGGAGAGGUGAGGAGUAACUGAGCUUUUGAAUACGUGUACCUCCUCCUCCCUUAGUAUAGAUCUUUCCUUGUAUUAAGAAAUGAGUAACAGUAUUGUCAGUAUGAAAAGUGAAGAUGUGUUAUUUGACCUUUUAGAAAAGCAUGGUGCUCGUCCCUCUUUAUCAGGGGUGGACUGGGCACGCCAAAAUUGGCAUAAUUUGCAGAGUGUUUCGGACCGUAUUAGUAUCCUGCAAAAGAAUGCUCGUACCCGAGCUGGAAAAGGGAAGUCGUUUAUUUGUGCCGUACUCGGGGCUACUUUAAAAGCAGCCGCGGAGUUCCGAGAUGAAAAGCAUUCGGCAGAAACCCAAACUAUACAAGCACUGGAGGAAUCGGUUAAAGUAACACAAGAAUUGGUGAAAACUCUGCAGAAUCAAAUAGUGAACCUUGAGUAACAAUUAGAAAGAGAGAAAUGUAAUUCGGCUUUGUUGCAAAUGGCUUUUAAGGAACUGCUAACGUGUAGGCAUGCCAGCCAUACCGUCACCCAUAGUUUGCCUCGAGAAAAAACUUUUCCUCAGGUGGAACUACCAGGAAUGAAGGAAAGGCUAGAUAAAUUAGAAACUCCAAUAGCCCCAUUGCGUCCUUUGAGAAAAACUGAAUACAUAUUCGAUAACAGUGAGGAUCUAGAUCCUCAAAUGAAUGUUAAAGAAAUUCCCUUCUCAGCCACUGAACUAGCGAAAUUGAAGAAAGAUUUCAGCCGCUCUCCAAAGGAAUCUGAGACAGAAUAUGUAUGGAGGGUUAGUCUCACUGGUGGUGACCAGAUUCGGUUAACAGAAAAGGAAGCAGAGGGUUAUUGACCAGAAGUAUUUUUAACUACUGGUAACAAUCGUGCUCCCUGGUCCUUAACGCAAAGGGCUGCCUAUUGGGCAGGUGGUCUCAACCCUUUAGAAAGGGGAGACCCUCUUGCCAUUACUGGAACAACUGAUCAGUUAGUAGAGAGUGUUCAAAAGGCUGCUUGUCUCCAAAUGAUGUAUGAUAGAAAGCUGCAGCCACACCAUGAAUCACCUAUGAUGAUGCCUGUUGAUCCUGAGAGAAUGACUGCUUUAAUUAGAGGGCUUCCAGAGUCGUUAAAACCUAUAGGGAUACAACUGCAAGGAAAAAUAGAGGCUAUGUCUCAGGGAGAGAGAACCCGUCCAGUGUUAAAAGGAACUGUAACCCCCAACCAUCUGCAGUCAGGAAACAAAGCAUGGACGUGGGGAGAGGUUGCCCAAGAGUUAAUUAACUAUGGAAGGAAAUAUGGGUCAGUGGUUUCUUCCUCCAUUAAAUUUGAGCCAAGGCAAGUACGACUUGCAGCAGUCAGCCUUGCCCCCAGGCCUCCUAGCUCAAAACUCAGUGGGACUGGAAGGGUCUCACUGUCAGUAAAAACAGGUAGGCGAAAUAUUGACCAUAAACGUAAUUGUCUCUGGACACUGGGCUGGCAAAAGGGUGUUCCACGAGAGUUGAUGAACGGAUUACCCACUGUCAGGUUAGAGAAAUUAGUUAACUGGUGGCCAGAACAAAAGAUCCAGAAUCUUGAGGAAAGCAAAACCCCAGGUCCUAGGGUCUCUCCCAGGGAACCUGAACGGCUAUCCAAACCAUUAGAAAACUGAUGUUUUCGCCCCUCCCAAGUGAGCGGGGUGGGGGCGGUGAAGGAUGGAUGCAUGAGAAAGCUCACAACAAAGGGAAACAAGAUCGUCGAUUUAACACCUUUUGCUAAAGGUCUCACCACUCUUGCCAGUUAUCCCUGUGAGUCACGAUCCAGUGGCUGAUAAGCCAGGGAAAUACUUUUACCUCCCUGGCCAGACUGUGUCUAUUGACUCAGUUAGCCUGAGGCCAGUUUCCCCUAAC